GUGAUGUUCAGCCACAUGGCUCACGUACAGCUGGACUUCUCGGCGAUUCCAAAAUUAUAUGGCCCCGAAAAUUUCUGGCAUUGGCGAAUGCUUAUACAUUCCUAUUUGGAAUCUUUUGAUAUGUGGAAGGAUCACCCGAAGGAUUGCCCCCAAGCGAAGUUCAUAAUUUUGGCAUGUAUUCAGGCUGACAAGAUUGAGCCAGGAUACGAUGAGAUGAGCUCAAAGCAGAUAUUCAAAAAUCUGGAAGAACGUUUUCGUCCCUAUUGAGUAGAGCACAUAAUUACAAAAAAUUGAUUUUGGCAUAUUACGACUUUGUUAGUGCAAACUAAUUAAAUAAUACUAUUAAAUAAAUAAUGGAUAUUUCCAAAUUUCGUUGGACAGCAUAA